AUGGAUCUUUCGCAGUUUUCUGAGCUUCACGUCUCUGAAGGGUACGAGGCUGCUGAUUCAGACAGCCGCGACCGACUCAGUGAGUUGCCCGACUCCUUAAUCCUUGCGAUUCUUUCAUUGUUGCCGAUGAAAGACGUUGUCGCGACAACCCUUCUUUCCAAACGUUGGCAAAAUCUCUGGACUACCGUCCCUUGUCUUGAUUUUUUUGGUGGCACGAACAAGUUAGUUGAAUUUCGAAGCUUUGUUUGUGGUGCGCUUGCACUUUGGAAAGGGGUCAAGAUUCUGAAAUUCAGCAUCGGAUUUCUUUUUCAUGCAUCCUUUACUAGUGAUCUUGAUUCGUGGCUGCUCUUCGUGAUUGAGAAACAAGUGGAAGAGCUCUAUCUAGAUUUGAUGCAUCAAUACCAUCUCAUUUGUCAAUACUUGGCUCCACAGAGAUUGUAUUCGUGCCCAUCGAUAAAGAAAUUGUCGCUUAUUUGUUGUGCACUUGAAAUUUCUGAGAGCGUGAAGUGGAAUCAACUCAAGAAUUUAACAAUUCAGACCACGCAUCCGUCGAGUGAAGAUGCCAUGAACUAUGUUCUUGCUGGCUCUCCUCAGUUGGAAGUCUUGGAAUUGUGUACUCAAUUGAGUGAGAAGAACUUGAAUAUCCAAUCUAAUAGUUUGAAGAUGCUCAAGAUCAGGAUAGAUUCUGGAGAAAUGAAGCCAAUGUUGAGGAUUUGGGCUCCUAAUCUUGAGACUUUAGAAUUUUCUGGCACUCCGCGUUAUAGUUGUUUGCUGAAUGUCCCAUCUUUAACUACUGCAGUUCUUGAUUUUUGUAACGGAGGUUAUGGAAGUGAUGAGUUGGUUAGGCAAGUGAUUCUAAGCAUUAGCCAUGUUGAAAAGAUCACAUUAUCUAAUUGGUGCAGUCAGGUUCUUGUGGAAAUGAUGAAGGAGAAAGAUGUGCGCAUCCAUUUUUCAAACGCCAAGUAUCUCAAAUUCGAAGCAGCUGCAGCCAACGAAAUUUUUGGUGUUCUUGAGAUGUUUCCUAAUCUGAUAGUUCUAACUGUUGCACUCUAUCGGAUUAAAUUGGCCACUUAUUUAAUGAUAUAUGAAAGACAGGCGCCACAUUUCAUUACAACUGUUGGUGAUGAAACAAUUUUUCCCAAUCCCUCAAUGCUCCAUCUGAGGAGAGUGACGAUUACUUGGUAUUUGCUCGACGACUUAAUUCUUCAAUUAGUAAAACUUAUUUUGAGAAAUGCUCACUUGCUUGAAAAGUUUGUGUUUCGGACAUAUUGGGAUGUAGCUAGUCCAGAGGUGGUGAAUUUUGCUGAAAAAAGCUUUGUGAGUAUACCCAAGUCCUCACCAACUGCAGAGUUUAUUAUUGUCAAACUAUUUGCUUAUAGUUGA